CGACACUGGUUUUGUCACCUUAUCAGCUAAUGAUUACAAAGCAAAUAUGUGUGUUCUUGGUUUUCGGCCUGGUGUCUGACCCAUGCCCGGAUGUCCUAUCAAUUCGGUAGCCAGUGGUUCAGGUUAGUCGGGUUCGUCGGUUUGCCAGAGAACGGCUGUCUUCGAAGGAGUUUCAAAAAUCUAAUAAAUCAGCGCGAAGUUAAUCCCCAAUUUGAACAUGGCACCUGCCAUUGACGCAACGGAAAGUACUCUUUCGGAUACAACUACUUCAGUGGCAAGCACCCUUUCCACCCUUUCCACCACUGAAAGUACCACGUCGGUCGCUUACAGUUCUACCACAACCAUCCCAAAUUUCAACAAUGAUAUGGGAUACGACACCCCGUUUGUGUUUUUCUAUCCCAGCUACGUCAUAUACAUCGUGCUGGUCUUCUUUUUUGUCAUCGCCUUUCCUCUGGCCAUGAUUGUGAGCGCCAAACGCAAACGGGACGUAACUUCCCGGAAUCUCGCCCAGCAGAGACAACGAGCCCGUCGUCAGAUGGAAAUUAAUGUCACAACCAAUUGCAACGGCGGCUCCGACGGAGUCGGAAACGUGUGCAUGAAUACCCAGGAGGAGUUUAGUGUGUUGCCCAAGACCUUGGAUCUUCCGCCAAGCUACGACGAGGCUGCUUUCAGCGAACGAAAGCAGGAUAGCACCUUGACCAUAGCCACCAGUUUGGAGGCGAGCAGCUCCAAUCUGGCGGCUGGAAUCAACGAACCACCGCCGGUGUACGAGGCGAAUGUGUCCACCACGACCACUUCCACCACCAGCACCGUUUUCUUGGUCAACGGCCAACCACCGGUGGUGUAGCUCAGAUUUGCAAUUCCGAGGUACCUUACAUUUAUUCUUAUUUAUACACCAUACGAGACACCUGUACAAUUUUGCUUAUGUAAAUAAACUUUGCUCGUCGAGGA